GAGGCGGCUCUAGAGUGAGGAAGAGGAGGAGGAGUAGGAGGAGUAGUAGGAGGCUCGUUACUUUACCACAGCUAUCUACAGCCAGAAAAAAACAGCAGACAGAAAACAGCUGAACUUUAAGGCUGAUAAGGAACAGCAGAGUGUAAACGGUGACUGGUGUUGUCUCAGACUAACAGUUUGUUUCCUGCGGUGAAUAUCAGGAGUGUUUCUCCGGUCAGAGAUGCAGAAGGCACCUGAACAUCUGGACAACAUGAAGCCCAGGAAGAGGAAGAACAACUCUGAGGUCAGAGGCUCCAGAAAGGCUUCUGCCUCCAGAAGGAGAUGUGUUAAAAGUCCAAAGGCUCCAUCAGCAGCAGAGACCAGCUCACACCCUGUGGACAGAGACUCCACCAUCAGCUGUGAGUGUCAUCAGUCCGCAGGCAGGAGGAGGUGUUCAGCCUCCCCACAGCUGGAGGGGCAGGAUCGGCAGGACGGGCAGGAGGGCAAAGAGAACGAGCUGAGGAUGGGGCAGGAUCUGGAAGGCUUCAGACUGAAUGGAGUCCAGGACAAACCGGAGCAGGACCACAUGGACUAUGAAGAAAGCAGUAAAAACAUCUUCCCAGACGAUGACAGCAACCAGAUCCUUCCUGUGGAGCAGUUCUUUGGAAACCUGGACGUUGUACAGGACUUUCCUCAGAGAUCAUCAGUGAACUCUGGCUGUUUGCAGAGAGAGAACAGGAGGAGACAUUACUACGCUCGAGAGGACAGUGAUGAAGAGGAGGAGGUCUUCAUCAGGGACAUCAGAGGAGGCACUUAGUACCUGCUCUGAUGACUGAGGUGGACUAAGGUGGACUCUGUGAUGUCUGAAGGACUUUAAACCUCUCAGCACGUAGGAAGAAGCAGCUAAAUCAACCUGUUCACUGAAUACAUCAGUCCUCAUCUUAAACCUGAAUCCAGCUCCACAUCUUAAAGGCCUUUUCACUCUGAUGGCUUUUUUUCAUGCGAUUAAUUCACAUGUAAAUUUCUUUUUAUAACUGUUGUUUUUCUUAUUAGUACUUUCACACAGAACGUGAAUAUUACACAGCGAGAAAGCAUUUUUUUCUAAAGGAGGCUGAUUUUUUGGAGCUGUCUCAUUGUGAAUAUAGGCAUCACAGUCACAGGCUCUGAGUCAAAGGAUCCUGGUAGUUGGUCUCUACCUGCUCAGAUGCAUCACUAACAUGCUCAGCAGGACCUGGAACCGUUCCACUGACAUCCUAAAAUAUGUCCUGAACCAGCCGUGGUGGAGCUUCAGCUCCUGGAUGUUUGCAGUCGAGUAUCUCAUACUUUGGCUUUCUUUAUUUACGUUGUGCUGAUUGUGAAAAGGCCUUUAACCUGAUCCAGCUCCUCAGCAGGUGCUGAAGUGGUUCUGUCACAGGAAGUUCACGUCUGGUAAACAGAACUUUAACAGUUUAAAGUUAUUGAUGGUAAACUUGUAAAUUUCCAUCCUUUGACUUGAUAGAAACCGUCCAGAAACACAUUCAGACUGAUACCUCAGUAUUUAACUUCAUUAGAUAAAGUUUUAAACUUAGCUACAGUUAUGGGAUGAAUCCAGGCUCCUGUGAGGGGGUACAGUGGUGUUUGUUAAAUUAUUGAUUGAUAGAUUUAUGGUCACAAGGUCAGUCCUGGUUCAGUGGUUACAGGUCUGACCUGGAGGCGUCGGCUUUACAGCACUUUAUAAAGAUAAAUUAGUCCAUGUAACAUACUGUUUGAGAUUAACGUAGAAAAAAGCCAAACACAGUGCUGGAUUAAAAGAUGGGUUAAAAUAACAAACUCAUAAAUCUACAGAUGACAGGUUGAAAUUGCUGAUAAAUCAGCUUCAUGUUCUGGAGUCAGACUGUGUGAAUGUGAUUAAGGAGGGGAGAUCACACACCAAACAUCAGUCUGAAAAUCAGAUCAUUUAUUAUCACAGAUGAUUGUUACAUCAGCAGAAGACUGUUCACUAAGUGUCUCAUCUUCCUCCUCAGUGCAGCUGUGUGUGCUUGGUUUUUGUUUUGGCAACUUCUCAGCACAAACACAUCAGUGUGUAUUUAAACAUAUCAGAUGAAGCUGAUGAUCGUCCCUGAUGGAUUCAUACAAACAUGACAAAAUUACAUACGAAAAAGAUGAACUAUAAAAAUGAUGAGUUUCUGAAACAAAAUAAACUCAGGAUAAAUUAAACCUGAUUACUCAGCUAAAGUACAGACUCAUAGUAAUUGCACUACUGUUUUCAGAUGUUGUAUAUAAAUGAUUGUUCUGACCACCCAAGUAAAUGUUUUAUAUAUUUUUACUGCCUUAUUUAUGCUAAAUGCUUUUCAUAUUCUUCUAUGCAACUCUUCUGACUGAGUGAAAGCCUUGUAUUGUCAGCAGUAAUCCAUUCGCCGUGCCAACACACAGAACAAAUAAAUGUUUUUCAUGAUUAAACA